UCGAUUAUUAUUUCAAGAAGAAAGCUAUCGAUGUUCUACCAUCUCCUCCUUCACGGCAUAUAAAUACAGAUAAUAAUAUAAAAAACAAAUGUAAGCGUUAAUAGUUCAUCAUUUAAUUAAGAACUUGUGUUACAUGUAGCACCCACAUAUGUGCCAACAAAUUAUAUCUUUGUAACCGGAAUCUCAAACAAGAUAUUAUGGCAUUAAAUGGAUUUUUAGAAUUCUUCCAAAAGGGCAAGACUUUUAGGCCAAAGAAGCCCUUCGCCUCAGGAACUAUUAGAUAUUCGUUACACAAACAAGCUCAGGCCAGUCUGCAAUCCGGGAUUAAUCUCCGUCAAGUUGUGCGGCUGCCGCAAGGAGAGAAUUUGAACGACUGGCUGGCUGUCCACGUUGUGGACUUUUUCAACCGCAUAAAUCUCCUCUACGGUACUGUUUCGGAGUUUUGCAACGAAACAACAUGUCCCACAAUGUCCGGUGGCUCUCGGUAUGAAUAUUUGUGGGCUGAUGGAGAUCUUUAUAAGAAGCCCACGGCCCUCUCAGCUCAAAAAUAUAUUGAGCAUUUAAUGGACUGGAUUGAGACACAAAUAAAUAAUGAAUCUGUAUUUCCUGUCUCCACAGAUGUCCCGUUUCCCAAAAAUUUCUCUGCCAUAAGUCGGAAGAUUUUAACUCGUUUGUUUCGUGUAUUUGUCCAUGUUUAUAUCCACCACUUUGAUCGCAUUGUGAGCAUUGGCGCUGAAGCUCAUGUAAAUGCCUGCUACAAACAUUUCUACUACUUUGUUCAGGAAUUCGACAUGGUUUCGGCUAAGGAGCUGGAGCCACUGCAAGAAAUGACUUCUAGAAUUUGCAAAGACAAGGAUUAAGUGUAACUCGUACUAGAUUGUGAUGUAAAUAAUUAUUGUUUAUUAAAAAAUAAAUAAGCUUACACGGAAUUUAGUAUAAAGGAAA